GCCGGACAGCUUUCAACUCAAACGCCUACACCUCUUGUUCUCCGCCUUUGCUGUCGUUUUACCUGAGCCCGCCGCGUUUCAGACAACAACAAGUACGUCACAGCCGCGCAGCUGUGUCCUAAUAAACGCCCUCCACAGCAGCUGCCCCGGCCACAUAACAUACUUUCUCGACAACGUCGCCCGAGCGCAAUCAGACAAUGACGCCCCAGCGCCCCGACUCCCGCAAUGCACGAUCGAAGACGAUGACUACCGUGGAUGGCGCGGAUACGCACGGUGCCCUCAACCAAAUGCCGUCCCAGAGUCCGACCUUCCGCCUCGGUGUCUCGGAAUCGAUGGGUCCACGGCGCUUCAUGGAGGACGCGCACUCGUUUGUGAUAGACUACGCCGGCGUGCGCGGUCAAGGCUUCUUCGCCGUCUUCGACGGGCACGCAGGUAAACAUGCCGCCGAAUGGUGCGGCAUGCACUUCCACGAGUAUCUCCUCGACACGCUCCGAGCCAGUCCAAACGCCCCGAUCCCGGACGUGCUCAAUGAGGCUUUCCACACCGUCGACGCGAACCUGUCCAAGAUGUCCGAAGAGUCCGACGGGAAGAUGCACUCCGGGUGCACGGCGGUGACCGCGUUCCUGCGGAUCGAGGACGAGAAUGGGAAGCAGUCGUUCUUCGAGCAGGACCCCCUCACGCGGGUUGAGUCCCCGACGGACGCCGCAGAGGUGGACAGCGGCGGGGAGGGCCACAGCGGGCGGACGGAGAAGCGCAAGGCGAAUGGAUCGCGAUCCUCGCAUUCGCGCUCGCCGCCGCGCAGCUCGGAGGAGUCGACCCGGAGUUCCACGGAACAGCAUGCUUCGAGCGUGCAGACUCCGCCGGCGACGGCGAGACGGGUCUUGUACUGCGCCAAUGCCGGUGACGCGAGAGGCGUGCUGUGUAGGGCGGGCAAGGCAGUUCGCUUGACUUAUGACCACAAGGGCUCCGACAAGCAGGAGGCAAAGCGCAUCACGGACGCCGGAGGAUUUAUGAUGAGCGGGCGAGUGAACGGUGUGCUGGCUGUGACCCGCAGUCUAGGCGAUUCGUCGAUGAAGGAAUUUGUGGUCGGCUCGCCUUAUACGACCGAGACCGAGUUGUGCGAAGACGACGAGUUCCUAAUUCUGGCUUGCGACGGACUCUGGGACGUCAUUGACGACCAGUCUGCGGUUGACCUCGUCCGCGAUGUCGAGGACGCGCAGGAAGCGAGCCAGAAACUCCUCGACUAUGCCCUCGCGAGGACGAGCGAUAACGUCACUGUUCUGCUCGUGCGAUUCAAGUUUCCCGCCGCUGAAGUCACCAAGUAAUUCUUGUACAACAUAAUAUCCUGCACGCCCUUCUUGCACCUUGUCGGAUCAUCACUCUUGACACCGGUUUCUUUGCAUGGCAUACAAGACGAAUAGCUAAUGUACUGCAUUUUGACUCUACCGCCUGGCCUCGUCACCCGUUUUUCGAUGUCUGUAGCUUCCAUAAGAGUCGAUAUAUCACGCAUUAAUCGUUGAACGUUGAAACGUUGAAGUCCU